UGCAUUACGAGAUAAAUGCAAGAAGGAGCUAGAUAAGAUGGAGAAAUUGGGGGUCAUUACAAAAGUAAGUGAGCCUACUGAGUGGGUCAAUUCAAUGGUGACAGUACAGAAAAAAUCAGGUGACUUGCGAAUAGUACUUGAUCCGGGUGACUUGAACAGAAACAUUCAACGUCCUUAUCAUCCGACAAAAACACUGGAUGACAUACUUCCCCAGCUAAACGGUGCUACAUUUUUUACAAAAUUAGACGCUAGGUCAGUGUUGCCAGUUGCUAAGUCACAAUUACUUCCCCGGCAAAUCUCACACAAGGUCAUUCGUGAGAAAUUGUCAGCAAACAAGGAAAGGGAGAAAGUGUAUUAUGAUAUGACAGCCAAGCAUUUACCACCAUUAGAAAUAGGAGAUUCGGCACGAAUUCAGCAAGCAAAUAAAAAUUGGAGUCCUGCAGUAGUAGUGCAAAAACACCAUGAUAGGUCAUACUCUGUUAAAACACCUGACGGUAACACAUAUCGUCGCAAUAGGAGGCAUUUGUUACAAACCAAUGAAUCAAAAGAGUGCAUACCUAAAGUUGACAUGCAAAAUGUGGAAAAUAACAACCUUUCGGCGCCUCAAGAAAAUUCUGACUGUAUUUCACAAUUCUCUGAUAAAAGCAAUAAAAGGUCAGAUAAUGAAGCAAGUGAAAAAACAUAUAUGAGUAGAUCUGGCAGGGCAGUUAAACCUCCGACAAGAUUAAUUGAAACAAUGUAAUAUGAUAACAUUAGAUAGCGGAACACGCGUGCUAUGUAAACAGUGAACAGAGAUAAUUAAGUGCUGAUAGCAAAAAUAUGCCAUUCAUGGAGAAACAGACUUUAUGAAAGAAAUUUUACGUUAUAGUAAAUUUGGAGUAUUUUUAUUUUUUUAUUUUAGCUUUCAGAAAUUGUGUUCCUUGUUCUUUGCCAAAAGGGGAGAUGUAUCAUUAUGUAGAUAAUGUAGUAUACUCACAGCGCAUGCGUAUAUUUUAUACACACCCAGUUUGGGAUGUUGUUUCAGCAGUUGUUAAGGCGCACUCAUAUAAUAAACAUAUA